UUUUUUUUUCUCUUCGUGUUCCGCUGUGUCUCUCGCGUCGGGGUCCAUGGCGUCCUCGUCUCUCCUCGUGCGGCUCGCCUCCGACGAGAUCCUACAAGCCCUGGAGGCGGCGCCGCCGUCGGCGGCGGCGUCGUGCUACGACGCCUUCGUGCCGGUGUUCCGCCCGGACCCGUCGGGGUUCUCCGCGGCGUCGGUGGUGGCGGCGGCCGACCGCGUCCGCAGCCAGUUCCUCUCCGUGGAGCCCGACCUCUUCCACGACGCGCUCGUCGCGCCCGGGCCCGACCACCUCGGGUUCCCCGACGAGGAGUCGAUCCGGUGGGAUUGCCUCCAAUUGGAUGAAGAGGACGAGCCGGAUCUGCGGCUUGAUGCGGCCGACGAAUUCGAUUGGGAGGAGGUGGCGUCUCCCUCCGGCGCCGGGCUGGAUCAACCGGAACCCGAGUGGGAGGUCCUCGCCGAUCUGCCGCCGCCGCCGCCCGCUCCCGCCGCCGCCGACGAGGGAUUCGUGUACACCUCCGACCGUGAUGUCUACGAGGUGCUCGUUGGGGAGGGUUUGUUCCUGAAGAAUAAACCGCCAGCGGCCAGGUCGGCCGUCGAGGCGCUCCCGUCCGCCGUCGUUGCCGCCGGCGAGGAAGGCGAAGGGGAAGAGUGCUCGGUGUGCAGGGAUGGCGUCGCCGCCGGGGAGCGCGUGAAGAGGCUGCCUUGCUCGCACCGGUACCACGAGGAGUGCAUCGUACCGUGGCUCGACGUGCGCAACUCGUGCCCGCUCUGCCGCUUCGAGCUGCCGACCGACGACCCCCAGUACGAGAGCUGGAAGGCUUCGCGAGCUGCAGCUGCCUGAAUUGCGUGGUGCCAAAAAGGCAAGCCUUUCUUUGCACAGCUUUAUAGAGUUGUAUUGCUUUGGUUUCAACCUUGGUUGCUCCAGUUGUAUGAAAGAAAACAUAGAGGUAGUUGUAGAGAUGGUUUUGCACCUUUGGAUUUGUUUCCUUUUACUCAGGAGAGAUUUGUGUUGUGAAUUAAGGUUGCGAGGGUAUUACAUAAGUUAAAUCUUAUAUGCUGUUGUAUUUCUUCUGAAUUUGUAGAGAAUAGCUUCUGUAUUACAUGUUGCACUGCAGCACAAUUUUGUAAAUGGAUAUGGUGGGGAAAAUUCCGGCA